GAACCCGUUUCGCUUGUAUCGCAGUAAGUAGUAGUUGGUUUUCUAUUGUUUUCUUGUCCUUUGCUCUCCUCUCCCUAUUCUCUCUGAAAAUCCAUGUGCUGCGUUCACUGUCCUUGUCCGUAUCCAGAGUCAAGUGACACGGUGCCAUGUGAGGUCACGCCUGCAGUUACACACGGUCUCCAUUAUUCUCUCUCACCUUGCGAUCACCACCUCACCUUUUCGGCCCUCCCGUUUCUCUUCACAACUCACAAAACUUUGCCUAGCGUCAACUCACACUACCUCUGCGGUUCUUUCCCUGGUGUUAUUUAACACAGUCUUUGUCUUGGAAUCUGCGCUUGAACUCAGCUCCAUCCAUCUCCUUGUUCUUGUUUAUGUUCAACUGUUUCUCCUUCUCGAUACCCGCAAUAUAUACCCGCACAAUCCAACCAGUUGCUGCCCAUCUACACACUUCACUUUCCCAAGAUGGUUUCCCUCCACCAAACCACACCGCAGACCUUCAUCCUCCCGCCUCCACCCUCUCCCCUCAAGCGAGUGCCCCUACAGGAACUCCCCAUCUCGUCAUCAGGCGGCCUCACUCGCACUCGCGAGCGCACCACUCGCCCAACCCCCUCAGUCGACAAGGAGAACCUGACUGCCGUUGUGCGAGCCCUUGAGCACCGCCGCACCACCUUCAACCACAAUCUGCAGAGCAUCUCGGAGCAAUUCCGCCUCCAGAGAGUCCGUCUCGCCGAGCUGGGCCGCCGGCUUGGUGACUUGCGCACUGCUGCUAACACUCACCCAGCUGCCCAACCCACCAACCAUCCCCGGCUUAGCAUGCCGCUGGUUGACUCUGACGAUUCAGGCUCUGAGCCUGACCUGAGUGUGCUGGGAAUGGCUCGUCCCGCACCUAUUGCCGCCACUCCUGAAGUCGUCGAGCAGCAAACCCAGUCUAUGUCAUACAAUGAAGAUGAUGAAGAUGAGAACGAAGACGAAGGUGAAGACGAAGAUGAGGACGAGGUCCUCUCACAAGAGCAAUAUGAGGCCGAAGACACGAGCGUCGAGGAUGAGCAGAUUGACGAGGAAGAGAACGAGGGCGUCCCACUGAUUGACCCGGCCACUGCCGGUCUCAAGGAGAUCUCAAACCUCGCAAGGUUCACCGUCAGCAGCCACAAACCAGGCAACGGCGUUGAAGAGCUCCGCAGCGACGACCUCAAGAUGUAUUGGCAGUCUGACGGUCCUCAACCCCAUAAGCUCACUGUCUACUUUGUCAAGCGAGUCGGAAUCCGCGACAUCCGUUUCUUCGUUGACUACAACGAAGACGAGUCCUACACGCCAACCAAGAUCGUCUUCAAGUCAGGCACCAGCGAAAACAACCUCAUCGAAUUCGCCACCAUCACCCUCGAGAGCCCCGUCGGCUGGCAGCAGGUGCCGCUUGCCGGCGCAGGCGGCGACCCGGACGGCAACACGCUCGUGUCGUACGUCCUGCAGAUGCAGAUACUCGAGAACCACCAGAACGGCAAGGACACGCACCUGCGGGGCAUCAAGAUCUACGCCUUCGACGCCGACUCGGCGCAGGGGCCUGGGAGGGAUGGGAACCCAGUCGAGGACGUUGUGGGACUCGUGGACUCGGCGGUGGGGAGGAACGGGCGCAACGGCGCAGGGCAUAGGGUGAGCAGUGUGAAGAGGCAGCCUGGGACGUUGAGGUUCGACCCUGGCGAUGGCGGGUUGACCAUUCCGGAUUUUAUGCGGGAACCAGAGCUUCGAUGAGAGCCGGAAAAAGGAAACGGAGAUGCGUUAUGUGGUAUUCGAGUUAAGAGUCGUGGAAGUUCACCCGCCCUCAAGGUAGCUAGGAAACUCCUUAUUCACGAGUAAUGAGAACCAUGAAACUUGAAA